CGCCUCACCUCCCUCCUCCGCUGCGCUGCCCGGCGUUUGCGCCGCCGCUGCACCUGCUCUGCAUCCUCGCUCGCCAUGGCGAUGGAUGCGCCUCGCCGCUCACCGCCCUCGCGGCCGCCGCCGCCAGCUUCGCUUCCUUCCACCACCCCCUCCAGCGCCGCCGUGUCCCGUCCACCUGCCACGCCGGCCGGCACGAUGACGCCGUCCGCCGCCUCGACCUCUGCGCCGGCGCCUGCCGCAGCCGCACCUCUACGUUCCGACAUCAAGCCGCCGCCGGCGCCCGCCGCAGCAGCCACAGCCCUGCAGAGCGCUGCGGCGCGGCCAGCCGUCGUCAAGCCGCGGCCCACCUCCAUUGCGGCGCCCGCUGCGCCCUCACGGCCGCUGGGCAGCGAGCCGCGCCCGCCGCUGCCGGCCGCCGCCGCCUCGUCGGCCGCAAAGCCUGGCCUUGUACGCACGCCCUCGCACACCGCAGCGUCCACGCUGCAGGCGCUGGCGUCGGCCGCCUCCUCGGCGCCGCAGGCCCGGCCCGUCGCGCCGGCAGCAAAGCCCUCGCCAUCUGCAGCUGCCGGUCCGUCGAACGCAGCGCGGCUACCGGCUGCAGCAGGCGCAGCGCCCGCGAAGAAGCUGGCCGCCGGAGAGGCCGCCACAGAUCGACCGCGUCCGCUCGGUGCGGUCGUUGGCGCUGCGGGCCACAACGCAGUUGCAAGCGGCUCGGCGCUCAAGAAUAGGCCGGCCGGCGCUGCGCUGCCGAGCGCGCCGCGGCCAGCGAUUGUGCCAGGCGCAACUGCAGCGCCCGUCAAGGCGGCACAGGCACCCAAGCCCUCGCCAGCCUCUGAAAAAGCCCUGGCAGACAAGGCGACCGCCAAGGCCGAGAAGGCCGAGAAACGCAGAAAGGCGAAUCGGGCGUGCAGCGCGUGCCAGAAGGCGCACCUGACAUGUGACGACGCGCGCCCUUGUCAGCGCUGCGUGAAGAAGGGACUGCAGGACUCGUGCACAGACGGCGCCCGCAAAAAGGCCAAGUACCUGCUCGACGAGGAGGAGGUCUUGGCCCUGAAGCGAGAGAAGGAGGAGCGGAAGAAGGUCAAGACGGAGCGCCGCUCUGUCCUGCCGCCGAAUGGGCCAAUGCGCUCAGACAGCCACACAUCGGGCACAGUCAACAUCAUGCCCGAUGGAGUCGCCGGCGGGGACGAGGUGGAGGAGGAGAUGCAUUCGGAAUGGGGAACUGAGAGCGCUUUCGAUCAGCAGAGCGUCAUUUCGCACAUGCCUGCGGGAAUGUUUGGAAGCACUGCAGACGCCGCAACCGGAAUGGCGAGCGGCGCCGGCGAGCAAUCGCCUGACUACUUCGCCGGCAUGAGCGCGUAUUCGCCUGGCAUUGGCGACGGUGUCAAUGGCUCUGGCUCGGCUUUUGGCUCCGAUCCGUACGGCGGCGGUACGGGAGACGUCUAUCAGGGCCCGAUCGAGUUCGGCUCAGAGACCACAAGUCUGGAGUACAGCUUCCUCAGCUCGAUGCUGCACAGCAUCGAUCCGCACCUGCUGCGGGCAACGCCAGACACGGAUGCGACCUCGAACACGAACAGCGGACCGAGCGCAAAUUUGCCUCACUUGCAGAUGGGCAACGACAGCCUGCCAGGCUGGCGUUGGGAGGGCGAGGUGCCGGCGUGGCAGGCCGGCUAUGCGGAACCGCAAAGCAUGCCGCUGCAGCACGCCACGGGCCACCAACAGACGCCGCAGCAACAGCAGCACCUGCAACAGCAGCACCAGGCAAUGCCGCCGCCGCAACAGCCUUACUCGAGCAGCGUGCAGCUUCAUGCGCCGCACUUGUACAGCAGCAGCAGCUCCGUCUCACGACCCGCAACUGUGGGAUACGGCAGCGAAGGAGGCGGCGUGCGCACGAUCCACGCCAUGGAAGGCGCGGUCCGGCAUGCUUCGACCUCGAGCGGCGCAGGCGGCUCGAGCGAAGGCGGCUACGGCGCGUUGGAGGUGCCCUCGCCCGCCGGCAGCGUGCCCAGCUCCGCAGCUGCAACGCUGGCACCAGAGCCGAUGCUAGGCAGUCCGUCGAGCCCGCACGAUGUCGCCGCUGUGCGCAAGACGAUGGACCAAGAUGCAGUGUGGAAGGAGCGGGUCAAGCACGUGUACUCGGAUCGCUGCAAGCCCUUCCCCUACACCGAGGGCUACCAUUUCCUGCUCAAGCACGUCACGGCGAAAUUCGAGAAGCAGGAAGUGCUCCGCAUCGUGCGCGCCCUCGCAAUCUUCCGGCCCAGUCUCAUCGCACUGCAGAUGCCGCUGACCGAGGACGACGAGGUCUUCGUUGAGCGAUGCAUCUUGCGCACCGUCCUGGAGCUCGAGAAGCUCAUCUCAUUCUCGGGCACGCCGACGGUCGUCUGGCGCCGCACGUGCGAGAUCGCCGUCGUCGGCAUGGAGUUCUGCAUGCUCACGCAGCGCACGCGCGAGAGUUUGCUCGGCAAGUACAUCUACGAGUUCCUGGAUAAGGCGAGCACGCUCGAGUACUGGGAGGCGUUUGCGCUGCACGCCUUCGAGGCGUCUGCGCAGAGCAUCAUGAUGCCCGUCUCGCUCGUGGGCGGCAGCGGCAAUCUCGUCAAGUGCGCCGCGUGCUUCAGCAUCAAGCGCGAUGUCUUCGACCUCCCGUCGCUCGUCGUGGCCAACUUCCUGCCCAUUCUGUAGCCGCACCGCAGCUGCUCUUCUCUUGCGGCGCACGGAUCCUCAUCCUCCUGGUUCUGUCCCUCUCGCACUACAUCGUCUCCACGACUCCCUCUGGACUCCCUCCGCCUGCUUUCCGCCUGCACGCCGUCGCCUAGCCCGCUGCCUCCUCUCAUGUAAUCUCACCGUCACCGCACGCUCAUCCAUCACAU